GAUAACUACACACUGCGGAGGGCCUUUAAACGCAGUCUACGGUCGAUACGGCUACCAUACACAUCGGAGUGUUUGGUUUUUUUUUUUUACAUAUCUAAGAGGACUGUUUUCAUCGGAGGUGCUCGAGUCGAGACACAGAAGUCAGAUUUCAUGCCGGUUUUCGGGAAACGGUGUACGACUUCACGGUCGUGACACGACUUUGACGGGCGCGGUGCGGCGGAGUUGGCGCACUGCUGGACUGGAUAUAUUAUUCGUUUGCAGCCAAGACGGUCCGCACCACCAUUUAAACUGAGCCUGAAUUCACUCCUGCUCAUACUAUAUCUGUUCUUCUGACUCUCUACGGGUGAAUAGGGAUCGUCUACGCCGGCUUUUCAGCUCGAAUAUGUUGCUGUCAAAGUUUGGUUCAUUUUCGCAUAUUUGCAAUCCUUCAAGUAUGGACCAUCUACCAGUGAAAAUACAGCUCCAGCCAGUCAAAGUUGAGAAGGAGCCCUUCGAAAAGGUUUACCAAGUGGGAUCUGUGCUGGGCAGCGGAGGUUUUGGAACAGUCUACGCCGGCAGCCGGAUCUCUGAUGGCGCACCGGUUGCUGUGAAACAUGUUGCGAAGGAGAGGGUGACCGAGUGGGGCACAAUUAAUGGAUCUAUGGUGCCUUUGGAAAUCCUGCUGCUGAAGAAGGUCAGCUCGUCUUUUCGCGGAGUUAUCAAAUUGCUGGACUAUUACGAGCGGGCGGACGGCUGGCUGAUCGUUAUGGAGAGGCCGGAGCUCGUCAAGGACCUUUUCGACUUCAUCACUGAGAAGGGCGCCCUGGACGAGGACACGGCUCGCGGCUUUUUCCGCCAGGUUUUGGAGGCGGUCAGACACUGCUACAGCUGCGGUGUAGUACACAGAGACAUCAAAGAUGAAAACCUGCUUGUGGAUCUACGCACCGGGGAGCUCAAGCUUAUUGACUUUGGCUCAGGGGCGAUUCUCAAGGACACAGUCUACACCGAUUUCGAUGGUACAAGAGUGUACAGCCCACCAGAGUGGAUCCGCUUCCAUAGAUACCAUGGUCGCUCAGCGACAGUGUGGUCGCUAGGUGUGCUGCUGUAUGACAUGGUGUGUGGAGACAUCCCCUUUGAGCAAGAUGAGGAGAUCCUCAGAGGGAGACUGUACUUCAGGAGGAGGAUUUCAGCCGAGUGCCAGCAGCUGAUCAAAUGGUGCCUGGCCCUGCGGCCCUCAGACCGACCCACCCUGGAGCAGAUUUGCGACCACCCUUGGAUGAGGGCGACGACCGAGUCGCCCAAAUCGCCAGAGGAGCCGGUCGCCGGUGACAUCCGCCUCAGGACCAUCGACACAGACUCUUCGUCAAGCACAAGCUCGAGCAAGGAGAGCCUCUGAGGAUGGCUCUGAUGGACUGAAAAGACUUUCUGGGGAAAGAAGAGGUGGGGAUGGAGGGAGUGAUAUGGACUUGAGGCCAGCAGCCUGUAGCCCUAAUGGCCCAUCAGUGGCUGGGCGCUUGACUCCACUGGUCCGGCAAGAAAAUGUACUUUAAUGUUCCUCUUUUUGUAGGGAAUUUCUAAUUUAUUACUAUUUGUUCUUCCUUAUCUUAUACCCCCCCUCCCCUCUUUUUUCUUUCAGUUGACUAUACUUGUUUCCUUAAUGGGAAACAUUUUGCUGUUUGGGCGGUCUUACCAGCACUAUUUAUUCCCCCUCCCCCCUUUUUAACUUUAUUUUACUCGUUUUGUUACUAGGCUGGUAUAUGCAGCUGGCAAGGCCCUCCUAUUCAGACAUGGCUGCUCUCAUAGAGCUUGGAGAAAAACCUUUUUAUUUAAAUGUUUUAAUUUUGAUUUUGGAGUGCCUUUUUUUGGAAAGCUGCUUUUCUGGGGGCUUUCGUCAACAACUCUGUUUUAUGGAGCCUGGCCUGGCGGUUAAGUUGCCUGCGCUGUGAUGGAAGGAGGGGUUUGGGCUGUUCUUUUUUUUUUUUUUUUUUUUUUUUUUUUCGAUUUUUGUUUUGUUUGUUUUUUUUGUUUCUUUCCCCUCCUCUCCAUCACUGUAAGCCAACCAGCCCCAGCCAAGAGGCUAAGAUAGCAUUAGAUAGGAGAGAAGGAGGUGGGGGCUCUUCCUGACAAUGGAAUACUUGAAACACACUCGACUCAACUCUGUGUCGCUCUCUUUAACGCUGCUCACUCACUCUAUAGCCUGAACAGGUGUUUGGAAACUGGAUCCUGUCUUUUCUGAAUGUCUACAAAAUGUCAACACACACACACCUCCCCCCCACCACCUUUCUCUCCCUUUCUUCCCCCCAUGCCUGUUGCGGGCCUAUAUGGCCCCCCCUUUCAACUUAUCUUUUCUGUUCUGUUGCCUCCCGCCAUCUCACUGCUUAACACUACAUGGCCCCCACCCCUGGCCUCCCUCAGGGUUUGGGGUGUGAAAUGCACAGUCAAUGCAAUAUUCAUGGACUCAAUUAUGUUUUUUUUUUUUUUUUUUUUUUGUGUUUUUCUUU